GGACAAUGUUGGGAAUCUGUUACAGGAGUUCUUGAACCGCAAGAAAACCCACUGCAGCACUUUUAUCAAAUUACCAAGUGACACACUCCGACGCUGUGAUGUCGCCGACUCUUCUGGCUCGCUGCCUGCUGGUUUGUAUCCUCUCUGGCAUAAAUGCAUAUCCAGUCAAGCCUGCAAGUCCCCAGCAAGGAGCUCCACCUGAGGAGCUUGCCAAGUACUACUCUGCACUGAGACACUACAUAAAUCUCAUUACAAGACAAAGGUAUGGGAAAAGAGAAUCUCCAGACACAGUUUUUUCUGACUUGUUUAUGAAAGAAAGCACAGAAACUGUUCCAGGAUCCAACUAUAUCAGGUACGAAGGGCUCCCAGGGUGGUGAUUCUGCCUACAUAGUCACGUCCAGGGGAACUUUAGGGAUGCUCCAAUAUGUUCCAAUGUGUCAGUUACCAACAUGAAACAAACUUGUGUUGCAUGAAAUAAACAUCUUUUGUCACUC